AUGUCGGACUUGGAUGAUGAUUUGUUGGCGCUUGCUGGAGCUGAUUCCGGUAGCGAGGAAAACGACAAUGUCGCCAAGAGGGCUGGUCUUGAUGAUGGUCCCAGAAAGAGAUUGAAGACAGGAUCUUCUGAUGAAGAAGAAGAGGAGGAAGAAGGUGAAAAUGAAGACGAGGAUGAAGAACCUGACUUUGAGGAUGACGCUGGCGACGAUGAUGCAGACGUGGACGACUCAAGGGUUCUUGAUGAGGACGAAGAAGAAUUGACCAACCCAUAUCCUCUAGAAGGAAAAUACAAGGAUGAGGAAGAUCGGGAGCGCUUGCUCGACAUGGACGAAAUUGAGAGAGAGCAGACUCUCUUCGAAAGAUCUCAGGAGAUGGACAGAUACAAUGAAAAGAUUUAUCUCAGGCAGAGAUUGAAGCAGGCUCAAGGUACGGAAAAGAAAACCAGAACCAGUAGUCGACAGGCCGCCCUGGGCGCCAGGUCCUCUAAGUUGGACAAGUUGAGCGAGUUGAGAAAACAAAGAGAACGCAAGUCUCGUAAGGCUGCUGACGACUAUGAAUCUGAAGAAGAAGAAGAGGAAGAGGAGGAGGAAGAAAUCGAAGAUGAUGAGGAUGCUUACGGCGAGGAUGAAGUUGUAUGGGGAAGUGGUAAAUCCAAGUACCGUCCUCGCAGCUUCGAGAAAGCUUCUGCGGCUCAUAUCAACAAGAUCAAGAUUGGCCGCAGUUUCCUUUCCAAGUACCUUUACUACCGGAACUUCGGGGAGGCUGUUUCGAAGGCGUUCGGUAAGAUUAACGUCGGGGUCGACAAGAGAACUCGUCGCCCAAUGUACAGAGUGGUUCAAAUUGAGGAAGUCGUCACGUAUCCACAGAAACAAUACCUGGUUGGCGAGACCAGAACGGAUAUGUACUUGCUCGUCAGUCAGAACAGGCAGCAAACCAAAGAGUUCCCUUUCACGGUCUUCAGUGAUGGUGAUAUUUUCCCCGAAGAGUUUGACAGAUAUCUCCAAGAAUUGGGCAAAACGAACGAGGAUCCACCAUAUGUUGAUGACGUGAACGAGAAGGCUGAGGAACUUCAUCGUUUGAUGAACAGUGGUCUCACAAACCAAGACAUUGAUGAAAUGAUAUCAAGAAAGCAGAAGAUGAAGAACGGCAUGAGAGCUUACGAUGCUGUUUACGAAAAGUCCAAGGCUAUGGAUGAGUUGAGAGUGGCCAGACAAGAAGGCAACGUCGACAAGGUUAAGGAAUUGUCAAGUCGUAUCAGAGAGAUGGAUCUGAUUUUACUCAAGGAUAACGAAAGAGCCAGUAAGAGUUCUUUGACUAGUAUGUCGAAGGUUAAUGAGAGAAACAGAAAGUUGAACCAGACGAAUGUCAGAAAAGCCGAGCUUAAAUCUAUGAAGAAGGGCUCCGAUUCCAUCGAGGGCGAUGCUUUCUCGCGUCUCAAAACGAACGCCAGGGUGUUCUAUAAGGAGCUUGCUCAGGAGGAAAACCAGAAGGCCAUACAAGAUGCUAGGGCCAACUACGACACUAUGAUUGCUGAGAAGAACGAGAUUGAAGCCAAGAUCGCCACUUCCACGUACAGAGAAAUGGGCGUUUUCGACAAGUUGAUUGCCCAGGUGGACGUGAAUAUUGUGCCCACGCUUUAA